AUGCUCACCGGACGCCAUUUCCGCUUACCCUCUGACUCUCAACUCCCGCUCCCAAUCUGCGACGACUAUCAGCCAGAUGCUUAUGUCCUAGAGUUGCAGGAAACCUUGAGGACUACGCACAAUCUAGCGCGAACUCACCUAGAGUCAGCUUAUACACGACAGAAAGCCUAUUUCGACCAACACGUCAGUGGCGCACCUUACGGUCCAGGCGACCUGGUACUGCGCUACCGUCCGACUCCACCGGUGGGGACUUCGGCAAAGUUCUUCCAUCCGUGGGAGGGUCCCUUCGUCGUCCUCGACUUCUUUCCCCCUUCGACUUAUACCAUACGUGACGCGCAGUCGGCCGGAGGCCCCGUCCUCACCGUCCACUACGAUAAGCUUAAACCUUAUAGAGGCCGGCUACCCAACGCGACCGCCGACACCCUUCCCAUCCUCCCACCUCACCUGGUCCCUCAACCCUCCGAAGAGGUGGAAGUCACCAGCAGCCCCUCCAGGCAGCGCCUCUGA